GCUGGAGCGACACGCCGCCCAUCGCCUUUGAGCACGGCGGCUCUGUGACCAACAUCGCGGUGAAGGUUGACGGAAAGCGUCCCAUUGGUGCCCGCGCCCGACGCAUCAGGGAGCCCCGCCUCCUGCUGGUCGGCUACUCUGGAGGGCGGGACAGUGGGGUUUCCAUGGAAACGGUGUGCGACAGCCUGGACGACCUGAGGGACUACUGUCAGCCGCACGCUCCCGGAGCCCUGCUGAAGGCCGUGUGUGUGUGCAGCGGUCUGGUGUCUCUCUCCUCCCAGCAUGCUCUGGGGGAUCAGCUGAUGCAGCUGUGGGGAGGAGGGGUGGAGCUCCACAGCUGGUCGCUGCUGCCAACCGGGUCAGGACUGGGAACCAGCAGUAUCCUGGCGGGGGCGCUGCUGGCCGCGGUCUACAGGUGCACCGGCAGGACCUACGACGCGGACUCUCUGAUCCACGCUGUGCUCUACCUGGAGCAGGUCCUCACCACAGGUGGUGGCUGGCAGGACCAGGUUGGAGGGCUAGUGGGCGGAGUCAAGGUGGGUCGCUCCAGAGCAUUUCUGCCACUGCGGGUGGAGGUAGAGCGUCUCUGUCCUCCAGAGGACUUCCUGGUGUCUCUGGAGCAGCAUCUCCUGCUGGUGUACACUGGAAAGACUCGCCUGGCUCGCAACCUGCUGCAGGUUAGUCCGUCCAUCUGUCUGUCUAUCU